AUGCAUCCCUCCAUUUCCAAUCGGUACGGGGAAUCCCCGCCUCCCUACAAGGAAGUCAUGUCUGGGCAGUACCUGGAAGCUUCCACCUCGGCUCGAGAGGACGGUAGAAUUGAUGUGACCGUCAAGGUGAAGCAGCCAGGUUUGGAAAGUCUCUUACCAGACAACCUAUCAGUAGAUAGCCCACUAUUGCCGGAAGUCCCUCUCAGCGCAGUCAAGCCACUGAAUAUUGUUAUCCAGAUCCUGGGAAGCAGAGGAGAUGUCCAGCCAUUCAUCGCGCUAGGUACCCGCCUACGCAAGGAUGGCCAUCGGAUUCGGCUCGCAACCCAUGAGAAUUUCAGGGAUUUUGUUCGAAAUUCUGGACUGGAGUUCUUUUCGAUCGGCGGCAACCCCGAGGAAUUGAUGUCGUUCAUGGUAAAAACCCCCGGAAUCAUCCCGAAGAUGUCAACGAUUACUGGUGGUGAGAUCGGCCGGAAGCGGAAGAUGAUUGCGGAUAUGCUGCACGGGUGCUGGCGCUCGUGCAUCGAACCAGACCCCGUUACCCAGGCUCCUUUUGUUGCAGACGCGAUCGUUGCCAAUCCUCCGAGUUUUGCCCAUAUCCAUUGCGCCCAGGCUCUUGGAGUGCCUCUGCAUAUCAUGUUCACCAUGCCAUGGAGCCCCACCCGGGAGUUUCCUCACCCGUUGGCAAAUAUCAAAGAUACGGGUGCAGAUGCGUCUCUGACGAAUUAUUUGUCGUACAGCAUGGUGGAUCUUUUGACUUGGAGCGGACUGGCAGACAUCAUCAACAGCUGGCGUGUGGAGAGUCUGAAUCUAGAGGAACUGUCACCCAGGACCGCUUCUGGGCUGCUGGACAGGCUUCAAGUCCCUCAUACAUAUUGCUGGUCACCUGCCCUUAUCCCAAAGCCAUCGGAUUGGCCGCCCUAUAUUGACGUCUGUGGGUUCUUCUUCCGAGAACAGCCUUCAUAUAGCCCUUCUCCUGAAAUAGAGGCUUUCCUGCGCAAAGAAUCGAAGCCGAUUUAUAUUGGAUUCGGAAGCAUUGUAAUGGAUGACCCUGCGGCCAUGACUACGAUCAUUCAGACCGCGUGUCGACAGCUUGGGGUUCGGGCGAUUGUCUCCCAAGGGUGGAGUAAACUGGGAAUGGGUUGCGAAGACCCAAACCUCCUGUUCAUUGGUGACUGUCCUCAUGAGUGGCUUUUCAAACAUGUUGCCGCCGUUAUACACCACGGUGGGGCAGGGACAACCGCAUGUGGUCUAUUAAAUGGGUGUCCAACAGCCAUCGUACCAUUUUUCGGGGAUCAACCGUUCUGGGCCAAGAUGGUUGCGGCCGCUGGAGCAGGGCCUGCUCCAAUUGAUCACAAAGCUCUUACUACACAAGGACUCGCAGAUGCCAUUAGGUUCUGCUUGAGCCUAGAUACACAGCGUGCAGCAGCGUCGAUAGCAGCGCGAAUGGAAUCCGAGGACGGGGUGUCAAAUGCAGCUGCGAGUCUCUAUCGACACAUCCCUUGGGAAGCCAUGCGGUGCGACAUACUGCCCUCUGAAACGGCAAAAUGGUCAAUAACUGUCCACAAAAAAGAACUAAAGCUCUCUCAGAGAGCGAUGAUGAUUCUCUCGCAUUGUAAGAUCAUUGAAGUGAAGAAUUUGCGCCCGUACGUGUUCUGCUUCCAUGCAAAGACUGGUCCCGCUUUGAUCACUAAUCUGAUGUCGUCUGGAAAAGCGGCUAUGCUAAGCACCAUGACACAUUUCACAAAGGGGCUAGGCAGCGUUGUGACUGACCCUGGAAAAGGCAUGACCCAAAUGUCGACCAGCAUCGUCAAAGGCACUUUGGUUGAAGUCCCAACUGCGAUGGCGGAAGGCCUACGUAACAUACCCCGGUUAUACGGAGAGCAAGUCGAGAAGACUGCCCCAAUAAAUGGUUGGAAAAAUGGAAUGACUGAAGCAGGACGAAACUUCUACACUGGGUUUGCUGAUGGACUCACCGGAAUCAUUACGAAGCCAUACCGGGAGGCAAAAAGCGACGGUGCUGGGGGCUUCGCCAAGGGGCUUGCCAAAGGCAGCGUGGGAAUCUUCUCAAAGCCUGGGGCAGCGAUGUUUGGCCUUCUUGCUUAUCCAGCUAUGGGUAUCUACAAGAGUAUGAAACAUUGGAAACUCAAUCCUACGGAAGCGGCCGUUGUUGAGUCGCUGAUUGCACUGGGGAAUUAUAUGCAGCAGAGGUUUCCUGCUACGACAGAGGAGGUUGACACAGUAACAGCUAGGUUUCGAAGCCUAGUCGUCUGA